AUGAAUCAAGCCUCGGAAGGAAAGAUGGCGAUUACCACCCGUACUAGCCGGGAACAAAGCAACGAUGGCCCCAACGACCGGUCACUUAAUGAUGAGCAACUGUCUCCAUCGUUCCUUGAGAAAUUACCCGCUGAACUCAUUCAUGAGAUUGCAUCUUAUCUCUCAGCUCCAGAUCUAGGUUGCCUCGGUGCCACUUGCCGGGCCCUCGUCGAUCAUGCAUCGAAUGACUUACUAUGGGCUAGCCUGGUGAACGAGAGACUGCCUACUCCUAUCCAGAACUCAGGUCCCUUUGAGUCAUUUCGCCGACUUUAUCUUGCAUAUCACCCCUAUUGGUUCAUUCCUCAGCACAAGAUCUGGUUCGCAGACACGGAGCACACAGGGAUGCUAAUCAUAGCUCGAUAUGAUAAUCGUCGGGGUGUGAUUGAAGCAUAUCCGGUCUUUGCAGACCGUGGCUUUCCUCAGUUUCAAACAUGGAUAUCACACCCAGAAGUUAUGAUCCAGUCUUUUGAACCCAGUGUAUACAAGGGGUUCGAUCCAGUCUUGUUUCUCAGCGACCAUAAUCCGUCCUCCCGAACAGCUCCAAUCCAAUCCUUUAAAUCAAUGCCAGAGCGCCACAUGCCAAUGUAUUCGGAUACCCGACAUAUGUACACCUCGCUGUCUCUUUGCUCUUCAUUUAAACAUAGCGAAUCUAGGGUCAAACCCUAUGUGCUUUGGCCACCACGAACCAUCCAGACCAAUGCACGUACAGUUCGUGAUUUGAGGGACUCGUCCCCGCCAAUACCGAAAUAUUUAUCGGAUUUGUCGGAGUCUUUCUUCCGUGUCAGGAAGUGGGCAAACCAAGAGCUUACGUCUCCGGCACCGAACGAACCGGGUCUAACCUUCUCAACUCUCGAUCCUGUCCUUUACACCCCCACCGAAGCGAAACCCUACCAGGGCAUUUGGGUUGGAGAUUAUUCGGCCCAUGGAUGUGAAUUCCUGCUUGUCUCCCAGGAUAAAAUAACGACCGUAGCACCUGGUUCCGAAAACGAGUCGAAGAUAAUCGACGCCCAGGAGGAUGUUAGACAUCGAGGUCCGCUGCUGGCUGUCAAGCUGACAGGUGACCCCAAUGUUCCUCGUGGACAGUACUCAUUUGUUGCCGACGACAUUGGCGCCAGCGGCUUUAUUAGUAUCGGGACGGAAGAGCCUUUUGUUGGCGCCCGGAUUGUGCGUUGCCGCGGUCAUGUCGCUGGACUUGGGUUCCACGACGACACCUACAUCGAGUCCCAACUGAUCCUUAUUUCUCCUGACCACAUGGCUCAUUACUGGAAGGAAAUGGGCCAUGUCUCUUACUACCGCCGUGUGGACAUUGACGCUCUCUAA